AUGAGUCGACUGCAAUUGAACAACUUGACACCAUUUAAUUCUUUCGGGAGUCCUAACCCAUUGCACCAGAAAGUUGUGAAUAGAUACAAUGGUUGUUAUGGAAUUUGUGCCAAGUUUAGCGAUGGAUGUCGUGAAUGCAAGUGCGAGAAUGGUGCAGUCUUCUGUAAGAAGGGUGGAUGUAAAUUUUUCUCUCAUCCCGGUCAAGAUGUUCUGGACUACUAUAAAAGUGGUCAUAUAUUCAGUUUACGACAGACAAAUCCAUGCACUUCCAAUAUUUAUUUUAAUACGACAAACACAAGUCAAAAUGCUCAGAAAUUGGCCACUAAAAGGAAGGAAUUAUCUGAGCUGGAAACUCGAAGUAAUACUACUACGAAGAUUGACUUGAUUUCAGGAAAACCUGAAGAAUUGACUGACCAGGAGAAAGCGGAAGCCACAGCUAAACUCCAAAAACUCGUUGAAUCCUACAUUUCCAAUCAGUCCAAUGAAUCUACCUUGGGAAGAGCUGAAGAAUCGCCCCAUCAAACAAAUCAGAAAGGCACUAUUAUUGAAGAAAAAAAGAAGCAAAAGAGGGAGAUAGAGAGGUCGAAACCUGCUCUACUUCAAGAAUCUCCGCCCAUUCAUCGUGUCAAACCUGAAUUAGGUAAAUUCAUGUCAGAAUAUGGGUUAACUAAUUCAAAUAACUCUAACGGCGACUCGUAUGUCCACCCGUCUGAUUUGCUCUCAAAUCACGAUGUGGCUCAAAUCUUUGAGUCAAAUGAGGGUUACUCGCGUAAAAGGAUGCCAUGGAAAAGGCCUCGUCCUUUCGACCUUGAUAAACACCUGAAUCAGGGCUUAGAAUCUCAACCCAAGCGCAACCUUAAACACGGCACUAAUGGCGCGGUUGGCGAAAUCACAGUGAACAGACUUUCAAGUUGGCCGCUCCAGUCUGAACACAAAAAAGGUGGCAAAAAAUCCGCCAUUUAUAGAUCGCCAGAAAUCAUUGCACGAGGCCGCGAUACAUCCCGAAGCCAAAACUUCAUGAAAAACAAUUUAGAACAAGUAGAUUGGAGGAAUAGGAUGCUUGCUUCUGCCGCUCAUCAUAGUCGCUACUCAUUGCCAAAGCGUUUCGAUAGAGAGCGGACUCAAUUUGUAGCCUCAUCUCCAAAUUGGCCAACCCAGGAGGAAGAUUUUUGGAACAGCCACAUGGCUAGCUUUGGAAAACGUUACGACUCCAUACCUGUUCAGCAUUACGAAGGUCUUAAGCACCUUGCUGGUAAUAAAUAUCGAAACUAUCAAAGGCAAUCGUUUACAUUACCACGACAACCCCGUUAUGCAUCACGCCAAAAGACUCGACUUGGAAAAGAUGGGACAAUUGAUGUUGGAUCGGUUCCUAACGGUCAUAGUAGUGCCAUGAAGUCUGCCGAAACUAUAGAACGGAAUAUGAGACUGAUUGAUCCUAACUACGGACAAAUGCAAAACAAUGAAGUGGAUGAAAAGAAGCAUCAAGAGCUUUUGGAUGAGAUUGAAACCUUCACAGUUUUAAGCAAUAUGGCAGUUAAUCUCUUAUUCAGUGAGAAGGUCUCGCAAAACAAUUCAAAAGCAAUGAAUGUCCGUAGCAUUGGUGAGUUUAAGCACAUUGUGGCUAUAAUUGAAGAGAGCAUCCAAGCGAUAGAAGCCGAAAUUGAAAGAUUUUCACUACAAACCCCUUCAGAAAGACAGAAAUUGCCCAGAGAUAUUCCUGAAAGACUGAAGCAACUUAUAGACUCGACUAAGAAAUUACGAGUUAUGGUGAGUGGUGCAGAUGAUCCAGGAGAUGUCAUUAAAAGCGAACAACUGAACGAGAUUCUUACCAUGAUGGAAGAUAUUGCGGCUACUGUAUCAGCAGCUGUUGAGAAAGAAUUUGAAAAAUGGGACAUGGACAGUACUGAUGAAACUCCUCAUCUGGAAGGGGAAGGACUUCUUUACGACAAUGUCGAUGAUGAUGAGAACUUAGCAGAGGCCAACGAAGCGGCCGCAAUGAGAUGGAAAUUCACCCACUGCAUGAUGCUCUGUUCUCGUUGCCUUGAGAUGGCGUAA